CGCUAAUUCUCACGGACUCUUAUUGAUGUUAAUAAGAAAAUAUAUUCCACGAUCUGCAAAAAACCAUGUCGCAUUUCAGUUUUCAUAGUGAAGUGAAUGAUCUCUUGAGACUAGAUGCUCCUAUCAGCAAAGGACCGGUUCCGCGAUGGCAGAGAAAGUCAACAGAACGUCGCUGUUCAAGUGCGACUUCAAGCACACCGCUUCGCAACUCGUCAAGGUUAAACUUGAGCAAGACGCCGUCGAAGACACCGAAAUCUCUCAAGAAAACGCCCAAGACACCUUCUGAGGACAGAUUUAUUCCUAAUCGAAGUGCUAUGAAUUUUGAAGCGAGUUAUCACAAGAUGAUCUCAGCUGAUACCGAGAACGAAGAGAACGAAUGUAUCAGUCCUUCGAAAGCCGAAUUCAAGAAGAACAUGGCCGAAAAUCUUGGUGUCGGCGAAGCAAAUGCUAGAAUUCUUGCCUUCAAGAGUAAAGCACCAACAACGAAAGAAGGUAAUAUAACAUUUGAUAAUAAAAACGUUAAAUUAGAGAAGUAAACCCGCGAUCAUAUGUUUGAUCGUCUUGUUUUUCAACUUCACUUACAACUUGACAUGCUUUCAUUUUUUUCCUUAAUAUUCACAUGGAGAAAGAUUUAUUGAUUGAAUACAUGUGUCACGUGCUGCUUCUUACUUUUUUCUACUUUACCGAUCUUUUAUUUUUCAGGCCAUUUGAAUGAUCUACGCGUGUUGUACGGUCAGAACAAAACUCCCUCCACUUCGACCAAGAAGAAUGCAAGGCAUAUUCCUCAAGUUCCUGAGAGAAUAUUAGAUGCACCCGAUCUUAUUGACGAUUACUGUAAGUUAGUAACGAAAUAAGAAAUUAUAUGGAAAUUAGUCGAAGACAAUAUGUUUCGCUUUCAGUUUAUUCAAUCUAUCGCACGCCGUUUACUCAAAAGUACGUUUAAAAUAAAGAUUUGAAUGUCAAGGUGAAGGUCAUUAAGUUCUCUCAAGGUCACACGUGAACAAAAUACUGUCAAGGUCACACGCGGAUAAAUACCACUUAAAUUCUCCUCCUCUUAAAUUAAUCCUCUUGAGAGACUUCCAACUAGUCAUGAUUAUAAAAAUCGACUUGCAGAAGUUAAGACAAGUUACAGAAGUUUUUCAUCAACUCGUUGUUAAUUUAGAAUUUUUGCUUUCCUGUGACAUCUAGCUCAGCUGUGUUGUGGUGACAUGAGAUUUGAUGGCUUUCAAAUGCUUUUAACCAAUCAUAUAAGGAGUAUGGUUGCUUUAGGAGAUUACCUUCAACUUGACCUUAAGAGCUCUCCACCUGUGUAUAACUCAGUUUUAAUUGAAGUCCCUUGAUGUAUGUGUGAUUUCAUUUCAAUAUUUUUUCUGAGAAAAAAAAGUACAAAUGUAAGGUUUGAUGCAUCAAAAAGCUGGUUUUCUCGUUAAAGUUUCAAAAUUGUUGAUGAAUCUCAGAAACUGUGACCCUUGAAAUAGAUUAUUUUUAAGCAAACUAAACCAUCAGUGUGAAGUAACUCCAAAUAUUCUUCAGGUUUUUGGUUUGCUCACAUGUCCUGAUUUCCGCAUUGUUGGUCUUAAAACAAGGAGAAUUCCAAAAUGUCUUAUACGUUGGUUUCCUGAGUUUGUCGUGAAAACUGAUUGCCACAUUAAAGUACCUUGGUUUAUCUGAAGACUAAAAUUCUGCAGAUAAUGCAUUUUCACUCAGUCCUGUCAUCUGUUUCUGCCCAUUUGCACUAGUAAAUAGUCUCACUGUGCACUUUAAAUUGACCAGCCCCUACAGGUCCACUCUGUCACAGGACACCCUUGAGUGCCCAUCUUUUAAAAGUUAGAGAAGAAAGACAAAAAUUAUUAAGCCUUUCCAACUGAACAUUGGCUUGCGUAUUCUCCUUACUGGUCAUUAUCCAUUUCCUUACAAAGAUUAAUCAUUUAAGUAUAAAGAUAAUUUUUUAGUUGGCAAUCAUUUCUUUUAUUCUCAUUAUCUUAACUCUUUAACCCCCAAGAUCUCAUUAGUAAUUCUCCUCACAGUUUCCAAUACAGUUCUUGUGAUGUUAGUUUGGAGAAUUUGGUAUUGGAUCAACUUAUAAUCCCUAACUGAUGUUUUUCUUCAUUCUCAUCACUUUUCUGCUUGAUAUUGUAUUGAUAUUAUAAGGAGAAAUUCUGUCUUGGUCACUUAUGGGAGUUUAAGGAUUUAUGUUGAAUUCAGAAUGAUACUUCUGGAUGAAGUAAGAUGCUUAUCACUCACUCUAAGGGGCUAAAGUUGUGAGUAGUCCCUUCAUUUUGUGCGCAUGCAAUGCGAGACUGAAAGAAAUGUGUUUACUUAUUGAUUUUUCAGAUCUGAAUCUCUUAGACUGGAGUUGUAACAACCACUUAGCUGUCGCUCUUGGUGGUUUUGUUUACUUGUGGAAUGCAGCUUCAGGUGAUAUUGUACAACUGUGUCAAACUGAAUCACCAGACUGUUAUAUUGGAGCUGUGUCUUGGAUUAAAGAAGGGAAUUAUAUUGCUUUGGGAGACAGUAAUGGUGCUGUGCAGGUAUCCAAAUGUUCCUUUGGUAGUUAAACUUUAUCUUAGAUGCUGGUAACUCUUAGAGGUCAAUGGUUAAUCAACAAGCACUAUUUUUCCUACAGUUGUGGGAUGUAGAGGCACAAAAACGUGUACGCAGCAUGUCAGGGCAUUCUGCUAGAGUUGGUUGCUUGUCAUGGAAUUCAUAUAUUCUAUCAAGGUGAGUUUACAAAAAGUGAACUCUGAGGAGUGAACUGACUUAUUGUUAAGUUAUGCACUGUCCUACAAUUAGGGUAUUAAACCCUUUAACUCCCAAGAUCUGAUUGUGAAUUCUCCCCUGUAGCUACUACACAUAAAUCCCUAAAUUAGUUAUCAGAACUUGGUGCUAGAUCAAGAUAGCAGCUUCCACCUGAUGAGUUUGAAUAUUCUCAUUACCUGUUUGCUGAAGAAUGUAUAUAUAUUGUAGGGAGAAGUUUUAUGUCAAUCACUUCUGGGAGUUAAGGGUUAAGGUAAUAAAAAUAUAGAAAGUUACAAACUCAUUGAUUACUACCAAAUUGAUAAUAAUUUCUUAAAACUGCAAAAAAAUAAAAAGAGCAAUUGAAGAGGAUGAGUAAAUAAAUAAAGGAACAAGGAAGAGUAGGGGUAACUUGGAAAGGGGUUAUUUAGAAUUCAAGGUAAAUGUAUAAUUUGUCUUUGUUAAAUUUUGUUUCUUGAACACCAGGCCUCCUUAGAAAAUGCAAUGAAAUUGCUUUUGUUUCACAACUUCUUCUUUCUUUUUUUUCCUAUUUCCCUGAUUUCCUACAUUCUUAAUUUCCUUUUCCCAUCUUUACAAAUUUGAUAAAAGGCUACCAACAGAAUUAUAGGAUUAUUCUAUUUAUUAUGAAUUUAUUAUCAGUGGGAGCAGAAGUAGUGCCAUUCACCAUCAUGAUGUUCGUGUCGCAAAUCAUCAUGUUGCAACACUUGCCAGACAUACGCAAGAAGUGUGCGGACUGAAAUGGUCACCUGAUGGCAAAUAUCUUGCUAGUGGAGGAAAUGAUAAUCUGUUGGUGUUAUGGGAUGCCAAUGUCAACACAAAUAGUAACACCAAUACGCCGCUGUUCACCUUCAAUCAGCACCAGGCAGCUGUUAAGGUUUGUAUGUAACUUUUUCUUUAUUUUAGACACGUGUCCAGAUUUUAAAAUUUUAAAAGUUAUUUUAAACUGAAAUAAAAUUUAAUGGAACUAGUUCCUUUGAAUUUUUGUCUGAUUUUCAGUCUGUUGUAAUGUGGCUUACACAUGAGCCUCUGGCUUGGAUAUAGUGGUUGUGGGUUCUGGGCAUUCAGUGAGAUAACCAAGUGUAAUUGUAAACUAGUGACAGAGAAAUGAAAAAUGAGGAGGUCUGGGUUGAGUUGCAAUGUGGCUCUUCAAACCUCUCUGUUUGGUUUUGUUUUGGUUUUUUUGUUUCCCCUCCAAUGCUUAGUUACUGUAUUGUAUACUAUCUUCCUCCACUUUCCUGACUGAAUGCUUGGAACCGUUCAAUAUAGAAGGAACCCAUAAGUUUUCCACUUUCUGACUUGAUAGAAUGAAAUGAUUGAUUGACUGAUUUGAUUGACAUGUCAAGUAAUUUCACCUUUUUUUAAGAUGAUUUUUUUUUUACAAAUCACUUAAUAAAUGACAAUCACUGACAUAGAAAGUGAUCCCUCCUCAGAAUAAUCUCUAUUUAACUACUCAUAGCACCUAAUAGUCCUUUCUGAAAUGCCAUAUUUGAUAAGAAAAAUUGUUAGUUUACAAAACAUUUUUUUUCUGGUUUAUUUUCAGGCACUUGACUGGUGUCCAUUUCAACGCAAUGUACUUGCUAGUGGCGGUGGAACUGCAGAUCGACACAUCAGGUUUUGGAAUGUUGCUACUGGAAACUGUCUCAGCAGUAUUGACACUCAAUCACAAGUAAUUCACCCUUUAUAUCCUACAAUAUUUUCUAAACAAAUCCAAAUAAUACUGACAAGGAGAAUGUUUAACAAUCAAGAGCGUAUUCAGUUAUCAGUGAUUUCCUUUUUACCUAUAACGUUAGACUAUUGGAUUAAAAAUUGGAUCUUGACCAUUCUUUACGAUCAAGAAGAAGAACUCUGCUCUACAAUGGCCAUGUAACCCAGACAGGAUAAUUUGGUGUUAUCAACUGGGUUAAUUAACCCUUUAAUACCCAAGAGUGACUAGCAUCUAAUUUCUCUUUACAAUAUCAACCUUGAAUCAAACAUUAAGGUAAUGAAAAUAAAGGAAAUGAUCACCAAUCAAAACAGCUCUUGAUUAUUAAACAAAUUCUCUUUGUCAGCACGUUAGGAGAUGUAUAGUGUAUAGUAUGGAGAAUAUGGCUACUGAUGUUAGGGCGUAAAGGGUUCGUAGAUGUAAAUUGGUAGUGUGUACAGCCCCCUGCCCUCUAAAGAAAAUUGGGAAGGGGGCAGCUGUAAAAGGCUGGUAAAUUGUCCACUGUAAAGGGUUUCUAUAGCUGAUCUUUCCAGCCAUUAUUACUUAUUAGUCUUUCCUUUAUUCCCUUUGACAAAGGGCCAGUGUUAUGACCCCUGAAUGGGAUGCCAGUUUACCACAGGGAUACCCUCCAGCAUGUUUUCAGGUCAUGGGUGGGGCAGACAGUGUAAGGAUUGGAUGUCUUCCUUUCAUAAUUAAAAUGUCCUGCCUAUGUGAUUAACAAGUUAAUGACCCAGCCUAUUGAGCUAAGGAGGAUUUUUCAGUUUUAUGGCCCUCGUGCACAUAUUUUUGUAGAAUAUUUUCCAGUAGAAGCCCAUAUGGGAAUGCAUGGGUUAUGAAGUAAAUGAACGCAUGAAGAAAUACCGUCAUGAUGCCUGGUUAUAAUCUUCUUUUCCUAGGUGUGUUCUAUAUUAUGGUCAAAAGAAUACAAGGAACUUGUGUCCAGUCAUGGUUAUGCACAAAACCAGCUGACUGUCUGGAAGUAUCCAUCAAUGGUCAAAGUAACUGAGCUGACUGGUCACACAUGUCGUGUCCUUCACAUGGCCAUGAGUCCGGAUGGACAGACAGUUGUGUCUGCAGCAGCUGAUGAAACUCUUAGAAUAUGGAAGUGCUUUGCUUCUGAUCCUGUAACCAAGAAAAAAUCCAAGCCUAGUGUGCCAAGCGGGUCAUUGGUACACAGAGGCAUUCGAUGAUAAAAGUUUUAUAGUUAUUUAGCAAAGUUUUUGAAAUUUGAAUUAUUAGGUAAUUAUUCAAAAAUUACUGUUUCUAAGGUAUUUCUCCUUUUGCUUCCAACAUAUUCCUAUGGAGUCAUUUUUGACAGUACAAUUAUUUGUUAGCAUUUUAUAACAUUUGCAAAUCAUUAACUUAUCACAAGAAAGCAGUGAUGACAUUUUGCUGACUUACAAAAAUUUUGUACAGUGUUAAUUGUUUAGUAUUAGUUAUAAGAAUCAGCUCUGCAAAAUUGGUUAAAAACACUGUUAGACAUAUUUUAAAAUUUACAAUAAAAGUAAUAUUAUCAAC